AGUUUAUUAAUUGGAAAGAGCUUCUUGUAUCAUGUCGGAAGCGAAUCAGUGAAAACUUUUCCGGAAAACUCGCGAACCUUGCAAUUGCGGACCGAUUCCCGGGCAUCGACGAUCCCCGCGGGCUUCGCCCUGGCGGUUUCUCUCUCGGCUUUGUUCGUACGAUGAAACUCGUCAAAUUCGUUGGCCUGUAACAAUAGGCAAUCCGUGUCUGGUCCAUGGCAAACCGAGAUUGCAAAGAAAUGAAUAACAAUCUUCGAUAAAGUGCACGGCAAGGAUACGUUGAACAUUAGGAAGAUGUGAUUACAAGUUCCCGUUACCGUUUGUGCGAUUCGUGUGCCACCCGACCGUUAAACGCCGGGUUUAAGUUUCGGGUUUGUGGUGUGUUAAAUGGCCGCUGACAUGUAUGUAAACAAAACGGGGAUUCCGUCCGUGCUAUUGCAUUAACGUGAACGUUGAUAUUUCGCGUCCAGUGAUGGAACCGGUGCUGCAGAGGCUCGGGGAUGUCACCAUUCAGAGACUUGAGAAACCCAAAGAGCCAAACAAGACGCCCCAGAGCACUGUUGAGAAACAAAGAGAGGAGAAAGAGGAAGAAUCUCCAGACUACCACGAAGACGAGAGUGGCGAAGAGGACGAGUCCCCUCCUCCGGUAGAUUUGAAACGGGGCUUAUACGAUAUCGGCCGUGCCUCUUUCAAAAGGUUCAAACAUGAUCCCGCGGCGGGGGCGGAGAAAGCGCCGGGCUCGAACGAACAUCGUUUCAGCGAAACCGAAAUGUCAGAUUACGAUUCGGAAUCGGAAAUCGACUCCGAAGGGGAGCUAAACGAUUUGGGUUUGGACGUGGCGGCGGCGGAGGGCCCCAAACCGAAAGACGUGGGAACGAACGGCGAGGAGGCGGCGGAUAAGAGCGCCGGAGGGGGUUCGUUUUUCGAAAAAUUGGUCGAGCAGGCGGCGGAAACCGGCCCUACUGUGCCGCUAGUUCCCAAGACGGAGCCAGUGGACGAGGAUUACGAUAUCGAUAUUAAGGAGAAGCUCAAGGAAAUGGGGGAGAUUACUUUCGGAACGGUGAAGAAGGGCGACAAACUCAAAAAGACUGACACGGCGGAAAACGAAGUCGUCAUUACUCCCGCGAAGAAACCAGGUAGCGUCGAGGAAGAGGUGACCUUGACUGGGGGCAAGGGCAACCUGCGGCGCAACAUCCGCGAGGUGAUGGACGAGACGAAACUCGACGAGUCGACGCUGGCAGCGCAGCGCCAAGAGGCGGAGCGUCUGAGACGCGUGCAGGAACAGCAGCGGAUCCUGCGCGAGUUCCAACGGCAGGCGCAGCAGGAGAAGAUGCAGCAACGGGUCUUGUCGUUGUUGCAGGGCAACAAUUUCUCGAAAGCGGGCACGUCGAAUCAGACUAGGAUCGGCAACACCGUUCUCGUGAAGUUGCCGAACGGUCAGACUAAACCGAUGACGAAACUGCCGAAACGUCCGCCGUACGAGAUGAUGCGCGCCCCCAGACCGGACAUGAUCAUCGGACAGCCUUACCCGCCGCUGAUGGGCGCGCCGAGGGGGCACCCGAGGGGCUUCGCGCCCCACCGGAAACCCGGCCCUCAGCUGACGCCCUCCGUGAGCAUCGCGCCUGUCGCCAAGAGGCCCCCCUUCGCAAUGCCGAGACCCCAGAGCGACAGCGACAGCGACGGCGACGACACCAAACCGAUGUCGUCAUCGUCUUCACCUCCACCGUCCAGGCCCAAAGGCAAAGAAGCCCCGCCCACUCAGACGAUCGACAUAUCGUCCGACGACGAUUGCAUCGUGGUAUCGGAGUCGGAGGGCGACCAGGGCGGCGACGACGACGACCAAGACGACCCGAGCAACUCGGGCAUGCACACCAACGACGAGUUCAAUCAGCCCGACGAACGGGGUCGGGUGCUCGUCAACGUGGGACACGCGGAGGAUGAGCCCGACGUUUUCGUGGCGCCUCAAAUCGCGAGGAUCAUCAAACCUCAUCAGAUAGGCGGCGUCCGCUUCCUCUACGAUAAUCUGGUGGAGAGUAUCAACAGAUUCGACAGUUCGACGGGUUUCGGUUGCAUCCUCGCGCAUUCGAUGGGUCUCGGCAAAACGCUCCAGAUCGUCACCUUCUCCGACGUGUUCCUGCGUUACACGCCCGCCAAAACGAUCCUGUGCAUCAUGCCGAUCAACACGCUGCAAAACUGGCUCGCCGAGUUCAACAUGUGGACGCCGACCGAGGAGGUGGCGCCCUCUAGCCCGCUGAACGCUCACGGCGAAGUCAGGCCGCGCAACUUCAACCUGCACGUGCUCAACGACAGCCACAAGACGUUGCUCGCCCGCUCGAAGGUCAUCCACGUGUGGAAGGAGCAAGGGGGCGUGUUGCUCAUCGGCUACGAGCAGUUCCGCUUGCUGAGCAUGCGCAAGCAUCCACGCACGAAACGGAAAUCGCUGCUGAUGGAGCAGCAGCGCGACAACGAUAAGAACAAGAUUCUGUUCGACGAGAUCUACACGUCGCUGGUGAACCCGGGGCCGGAUCUGGUGAUAUGCGACGAGGGGCACCGCAUCAAGAACUCGCACGCUUCGAUAUCGUCUGCGUUGAAGCAGCUCCGCACCAAGCGGCGUGUCGUCUUGACCGGCUACCCGUUGCAGAACAACCUCACCGAGUACUGGUGCAUGGUGGACUUCGUCCGGCCUAAUUACUUGGGUACCAAAACAGAGUUCCUCAACAUGUUCGAGCGGCCGAUCAUGAACGGACAGUGCAUCGACUCGACGGAGGCGGACAUCAAACUGAUGCGUUACCGCGCCCACGUGCUCCACUCCCUGCUGGUGGGGUUCGUGCAGCGACGCUCCCACCUCGUCCUGCAGUCCGCGCUGCCGCAGAAAGAGGAGUACGUCCUGCUGGUGCGCAUGACGCAGUUCCAACGGAAACUGUACGACACGUUCAUGAACGAGGUGGUACGGAAACAGGCGGUGCCCAAUCCUCUCAAAGCGUUCGCGGUGUGCUGCAAAAUAUGGAACCAUCCGGACGUGCUGUACAAUUUCCUGACGAAACGGGCUCGCGGAGAGGCGGUCGAUUUGGACCUCGAGGAGGUCGCCAGCACCGUCAGCGGGGUGUCUAGUAUCGACGCGAAACCGAAACGCGCCGCUCCCCGACCCCGCAAGACCCCCGUCAAAGGCAGGAACGGCAAACCGGCUGCCUCCGUCACCCCGUACAGCAGCAAUUCGGAACAGCAGAUGAUGCAGCCGCCCCUGUCGAGCUCGGUACCGGUCAACCCUCAGGCGACGACGAAAGAAUCUCAAUUCGGUGCCGGCGGUUUCAAUCAGCCGCGCACCAGUUUCGAGGGUAUCUCGCAACUGUUCGAGGAUAACGCCCCGCCCCCCGCUCAGACCUACUACGACCAGCAGCAGUUCCCCGCGAACGCGCCUCAGUUCUCCGAGUCCGCGUUUCCCGGUCCGGAGAGUAGUUUCCAGGAGACGAAUGACUCGAUGGGCUCGAGCCAGACGAGCCUACUGAACCUCGACAACCAGACGGUAACGACUACCAAAACGGGCGGCGUGAAUAUCCCGGGAUUCGCCGGAUUGCCGUCCGGCAUCAGUCUGAGACCGGCCGCGAGUACUGCCACCUCGGGAACGGCGCAGACCGCGGGUCGUACCAGUCAGCAAACUGUUCCCAGUUUCGCCAACCUACCGUCGGGGAUAUCUCUGACGCCGGUCGGCGCUAAUAGGGGCGGGACCGGGUUCGCGAAAGGGGCGGACCCGGUGCCCUCGGCUUACGGGCCCGCACAACGCAAUGACUACGAGCCGCCACCGGCACCGCCUCAAAACAAUAUGAGCGGCUACAACACUAUAGACGCUAACGCUUACCCGGACAACUACCAGCGCCCGAAUUAUUGGGAGCAGCCCCAACAAACCGCCCCUCAGCAGCAGCAACAACAGCAGCAGGGGAGUAGCUUCUUCAACGAGUUCACGCCCAGUCCCCAGUUCAAUCCCAGCGUAAACAACACAAACGCGAACCAUCCGUGGAUCAAACGGGAUGAGGGAGGUUCGGUUCCGAAAAUGAGCCCGAUUAAAAGCGAAACCAGCAACGAUUCGAAACCCAAGAUCAACAUCAUCAGCGACAUCAAACUGCCUCCCGUCUUCAGCCCGUUCGCGGAGAAAAAGAUCAAUAUCAUCAGCGACAUCAAGAUCGAGCCGAAGAAAGAGGAGGGCGACGACAAGUACGGCGUGAAGAAGGAGCUGGAGAAGAUCAAGAACGAUCUGAAGAACGAGCUGAAGAUAGAGGAGGAUUCGGUGAAGGCGCCGGUCGUCGAGUCCCCCCUGACGAAGCUGUCGCCGCCCCUCACGCCGGUCAAGGACUCCAAGGAGGACGGCGGCAUCCCCUACGAUUGGGCGAUCGAACUGUUGAAAGAUUACGUGCCCGGUCGGGUCGAGAACUCGGCCAAGUUCCAGAUCCUCUUCUGCAUAAUCAGAGAGAGUAUCGCUUUGGGCGAUCGGCUACUAGUGUUCAGCCAAUCGCUGAUCACCUUGGACCUGAUCGAGCAGUUCUUGCAGUCGAGCGAGGUGCCUGGGGAGGGCGGGCCCAAGUGGGCGCGAAACGUCAGCUACUAUCGACUAGACGGCUCGACGACCGCUCUCGAACGCGAGAAACUCAUCAACGAGUUCAACUCGAACCCGAAGAUUUACGUGUUCUUGGUGUCGACCAGGGCGGGAUCGCUCGGUAUCAAUCUGAUUGGCGCGAAUCGGGUGGUCGUGCUGGACGCGUCGUGGAACCCCUGCCACGACACGCAAGCGGUAUGCCGCGUCUACAGGUACGGCCAGCGGAAGCCCUGUUUCGUCUACAGGCUAGUCGUCGACAACUGCCUGGAAAAGAAGAUUUACGAUCGCCAGGUCAGCAAGCAAGGUAUGUCGGAUCGCGUGGUCGACGAAUGCAACCCUGACGCUCAUCUGACCAUCAAAGACGUGAGCACGCUGUGUUUCGACGACAAGUACGAGGAGGGAGAGCUAAAAGACUGGUCCUCGUUCAAAGACAACUACAUCGACGUGGUGCUGCAAAAAGUGCUCGACGCGCACGGCACCACCCUCAACAAGGAACCGUUCCAGCACGAGUCGCUGCUGGUCGACCGGAAGGAGAAGCAACUGUCGCAGCAGGAGAAACGUCUCGCGAAAAAGGGCUACGAAAGAGAGAAGCAGGCGGCCAGACAACCGUCUUACAUGACGGGUCCUGGGCGCGGUCACAGGCCGGUCGCGUCGGUCAGACCGAUGCAGCAGGGCGAACGCCCGUCCAGGUGGAUCCCCGCGGAACACUGGCAACGUCAGGGCAUGACCGCGCAAGAGAUGACCCUGCCCUUGGACGUGGUCAUACCUACGAACCAACCGGAGAAAGGGAACAUCGUGCUCAAGGCCGGCCAGAAGGUGCUGGUGCUCAAGUCGCCUAAGGGCGUCUACAUGCAGCUGGAGAGCGGCAAGAUCGUCGCUAUCAAGACCGCCAUCAAGGUAAAGGGCAAGGCGGACGAUCAGCAGCAGCAGCAGCUGAUGCCUCAUGAUCCCGCCGUCAAACCUUUACCGCCCCAGAUGAAGAACAACCCUUCGUUGUCGGUGGUGCCGCAGAAACGCACGGUCAAACCUUUCGUGCCGGGCGUGGCCAAGUUCAACAUGCGCAGCGUCAAACAGAGCGUGCCCAAUCUGGCGUCGAGGAUACAAAGCGUCACGAAGAAGGUGCAGCUGGCGAAGACCAAACCCUACAACGUGGGCAGCGAGAUCGUCAGAUCGUUGCAACGGGACGGGGAGGCGCGACCCAGCAGUAGCAGCGAGGACGAACACCUGGCGGCUCCUGCGGAUAAACCGAGUCAGCCCGCGCAGCAGGAAACCGCCGACGAGCUGGAGAAACGCAUCUCUAUGCUAAAGAAAAACAUAUCCAUCCAGAGGGUGAGCACGCAGGCGGCGAAGCAGCCGACGCCGCCGCAGCAGCAGCCGCAGCAACAGCAACAGCAGCAGUUAAAGCCCGUCCCUAACGCUCAGAGAUCGCCCGCGAAAGCUGCGCAGUCUUCCGCGGAAAAGCCUCCGUCGACCGGGAAGACUAACCUCGAGCGGCUCGAGAAGACGAUGCUGGAAAACACGCCUUUCCAGGAAACUCUGGAAAGUAUCACGGCCAAUUUCAAAAAUCCGAACCGCCUCGGUCGUAUGGACGAUGACGACGACGACGACGAAGAGGAGGAGGAGGAGCCUGAACUGGACGACGACGAGGAAGAGGAGGAGGAGGAAGGUAUCUCUGGCCUGUCGGAUUCGUCGCUGAUGGAUCACACGGCCAAAACCGGCAACGAGCACCUAGAAGGCAGCAGCGACCAGAGCGACGAGGUGACGUACGUGUCGGAGCACGCGCCGGAGCCGAGCCCUGCCCCCCAACAGUACCACCAUCAUCACCAAGCCAAAACCGACCCGUCGGCCGAGUACGGUGCCCAAAACUACAACUACUACAACUACAACGUGCCACCGUAUCAGGCGGCGCCGCCUCCUCAGACCUACGGGUACCCGCCGCCGCCGCAGCAGCACCCGCCCCCCUACGACAUGAUGGGCGGGUAUCCGCCGCAGCCGCAGCCCGCCCAACCGCCCUACAGUUACGGGUACCAGACUUACCCGCCUCCGCCGCCUCCGCAGCAUCACUACCCUCCGCCCCCACCGCAACCGGGCUAUGACUACCAAAACGCGUACAGCGGCGGCUACAACCCAUACCCGCCACAGCAGUACGCGCCGCCGCCGCCGCAGGCGAUUUAUCCACCGCCUCCCGGAGGCGGAGCGGCGACGCCAGCUCCGACGUCGUAUCCGGACUAUUCGCAAUAUUCCGGGCAACCGCAGCAGCAACAGGCGACAUCAUCGGGUUCCGGGUAUUACGGCAACUCCUAAGUGUUGCGAGGACGCUUGAUUUAGUGCAAUUCGUGUUGGGGCGACGCGCGCCCUCUGUCUGGAAUUCUGUAAGUUCCGCGUGCCGCGCAGGACGGUCGAGGACGGACGUAGCGUUUAGUAUGCUUUUCUCUCCGUGUUUGGUGUAUAAUUUUUUUUCUAUACCGGGUGUUCCUAAACGACGUGUCAAUAUCGAAGGGGGCACAAUGGGACGACGGAUGGUAGAACUGGGUUGAUGUGCAAAUAUUUUUAUGUUUAACUGAUAUUACCCAAAAGCUCUGUGAUUAUUACUGUCCGAGAUAUUUAUUUAUAUAUAUCGAACUUAUGUUCACAAGGAAUUUCUAAAUUAAAUACUGCUUAUUAACUCAGAUAUAGAACGUCUCCCUUAUCUUUUGUAAAGUUGCCUUUGUCAAUCUAGCUUGGUUUAUUUGACCUCUGUACGUCAGUAUCGUCCUAAAUUUCUAUGCUUUAAGGAUACGGUGCUGUUUUGAUAUGCCAAACAGCUGAUCGAGAUCUGAUUAGAUAAAAAUUAAUUCCAGUGAACCCCUUGUAUUUUUGAAGCGAAGUAGUUCAUGAAGCCUCCUUCAGUAUUGCCAUGACAUUUAGCACCGACGUGUACAUUUCGUUAAUUUAUUUCGCCAUUGCGGCGAGUUACGGGGAGGUAUUUAGCGACGGACCGGCCCAUAGUGAUUUUUUCGUACAAGGUAGGCUCCAUUUUUUUUUUCGCUGGCGAAUACAGUUAAUUUAUACGCGACUUUUUUUAAGAAAAAAUUAUAGUUGAUUGUUAAGCAUUUAUAUAUCAAUUAAGUGUAACAGUCGUAGCGAUUGUUAGCGGUAAGCAUUAAAAUAAUUG